UGCUGGCAUCACCAUGCUGUUGGCACAUUCUCGUGCUACUUGCCGCAAUGGCGUUGCUCGACUAUGGUUGAAAGUCAACUCUAGUAGUCGUUAUGCGACUUCCCUUUCCUCAUCCAUCAAGUUGAGCAGCGUUCCUGCACCCCAUACCGGCAGCAUUGCAGUUCUGUCCCUCAAUCGCCCGAAGGCUCGCAACGCGCUCUCUAGGCAACUUCUGUCUGAGCUCGGAGGUGUCGUAGAGGGUCUUCAUGCGGAGGCCGGGAAAGGCAGUACUCGUGCGCUCAUACUGGCGAGUGAAAGCGACGACGCCUUCUGUGCUGGCGCAGAUCUGAAGGAGCGCUUGACAUUCACCCAUGAAGAUACGCAAGCUUUCCUUAAGGCCUUACGAGGUACCUUUACGCGCCUUUCCACUCUCCCCAUCCCCACCAUCUCGGCCGUCAGCAGCUCGGCCUUUGGCGGCGGCUUGGAGAUCGCACUAUGUACCAACUUCCGUGUCAUGGCAUCCACUGCGACUGUCGGCUUGCCUGAGACACGGCUCGCCAUCAUUCCUGGCGCAGGAGGUACCUUCCGGCUUCCCGCUUUAAUCGGUCCAGCUCGCGCGAGAGACCUGAUAUUGACUGGCAGGCGGGUCAUGGGUCCUGAGGCAUACUUCCUGGGGCUUUGCGAUAGGCUGGUGGAAGUGACAGACGAGCAGAGAGUAGCGCCUGGGGUCGCUCGAGGUCUGGUGCUGGAGCAGGCCGUGGAGAUGGCGAAUACGAUCUGUGAGGGGGGCCCGGUGGCGAUCAGAGCUGCCAUGAAAGCAUUGAGCGGCUGGCAAGAAGGCGAGAGGAGUGAGAAUGCUGCCUAUGAUAUCGUGAUGCCAACCAAGGAUCGGACAGAGGCACUGAAGGCUUUCGGCGAGAAGAGGAAGCCCAUGUUUGAAGGACGCUAGAGAUCAAUGAUGGGACCUGGACAUCAAUUCCUUUCUUAUCCCGCACCUCACAUUGACGAUGUGAAUUUGGUGUUCCUCGUUUGUUUGUUGACGUGCGCUCCUUCCGAAUUCGCCAACAAAAUCUUAGCAGCACGCCACCAAUAUCCUUCACGUUUAGUUAAUCAAAGGGCAAAUUCAAAGCACAGUAACCAAGCAGCAGCGAGUUCGCAUAACAUGAAUCAAUACGACUGACUAAACUUAAGCUGACAUCAUGACUCCCAACAGUCAAGUCGACAGCAAAGUCUCCACGCCACGCAAGCGUGCCGGUAGUGCCAGCGAGCAAC